AUGGCGGGCCGGGCGGCGCUGCCCCGCUGGGCUCUGGCGGCCGCCGCCGCCCUGUGGUGGCUGGAGCUCGCCGCGGCCGGCGGCCUGGCAGAUGCCGAGUGGAAAACCAUAACUGACCAAAUUAAGAAAGCUGUGGAAGUCUAUAAGCCAUGUGUAAAAGAGAAUUGUAGCUGCCACCAAAGUGUCUGGAAGCAGGACCUGGCUCCUUUUCGAGGUGGAAUUUCCGAGGAGACCAUAUCAGAUGUGGUGAGCAGAAAGCUUGGGACACACUACCAAGUCAUUAAGAACAAAUUGUACCGUGAACAGGAAUGCUUUUUCCCUGCAAGAUGCAGUGGAGUUGAGCACUUCCUUCUGGGGAUCAUCAGCCGCCUCCCUGACAUGGAAAUGGUGAUCAACGUGCGAGACUACCCCCAAGUGCCCAAGUGGAUGAAACCCCUUAGCCCAGUCUUCUCCUUCAGUAAGACACCUGAAUACAAUGAUAUUAUGUAUCCUGCCUGGACAUUUUGGGAAGGAGGACCAGCUGUUUGGCCAAUUUACCCAACAGGCUUAGGGCGCUGGGACCUCAUGAGAGAGGACCUCAAGAGAUCUGCAGAAAAAUGGCCGUGGGUGAAAAAAAUCUCUAAAGGAUAUUUCCGAGGAUCCAGAACGAGCCCUGAGAGAGAUCCCCUCAUUCUGCUAUCCCGAGAAAACCCAGAGCUUGUUGAUGCUGAGUACACCAAAAACCAGGCUUGGAGAUCUGAGAAGGACACCUUAGGGAAGCCUCCUGCAAAGGAAGUUCCACUGGUUGAUCACUGCAAAUACAAGUAUCUGUUUAAUUUCCGGGGAGUGGCUGCCAGUUUCCGGUUGAAACACCUCUUCUUGUGCGGUUCACUCGUCUUUCACGUUGGAGAAGAGUGGUUGGAGUUCUUCUACCCCCAGCUGAAGCCUUGGGUCCACUACAUCCCAGUCCGAUCAGACCUUUCUGAUGUCAGGGAGUUGUUGCAGUUUGUAAAGGAAAAUGAUGCCAUAGCACAAGAAAUUUCAGAGAGGGGACGCCAAUUCAUCACCGAGCACUUGCAGAUGGAGGAUGUCUCUUGCUACUGGGAGCAUCUGCUGUCUGAGUAUUCCCAAGCCUUGACUUACAAAGUGAAAAGGAGGAAGAGCUACAGCGAGAUCACUUCUAAAUGGCUGAAAACAGAACUGUAGAGAUUUCUUAGUUUUUCUCUUCAGCUCAAACUGAUCUCUCUGGAAAUCUGAAGAUCAGUGCAUCUUCUUUUUUGUUCUCUCAGACUUCCUAUCCUUUACGCUUGAACUACAGAGAACAGCAAAAGGCUAACUUGGAAAUUGCUCUCACACAGCUGGACCCGGUGAUACUGCUGCCAUAGGAAUGUUAAGUAGAAUGGUGGAUUACAGCCAUUUAAUGGGAUGGUUAUGGUCAUGGCUGCAAGAGGGUUGUUAGCAUUUGGGACUUUGUUACUACCUGUCUCAGAAUGGUCCUAAAUCCUGUUCAGUCCAUGAGAAGCUUUUUGGUUAAUUUUACUGGACUUAGUAGUAAGUCCAGUGUACUCAUGGGCAAGGUACACAAACUGUCAGCUACCCUCAGGUGGGAGAUACAUGCCCAUUUUUGGCAGAUGGUCACUGUUUUCUCACCUGUGUGAUAGCACUUGGUGUUCUCUGACAGAAGCAAGUAGUGGGAUUUGGGGUAACCCUUUUUGAUAGCUUAGAGCUUAGUUUUCUGAUGUUUAUGUCAGGUUUUUAAAGAGAUGGACAGUAAGGCUUUGAUGUGCCACUGAAGGACGAAUGAUCCUUGCACAGGUAAACAACCUACCUCACAGGGGAGCAGCCAGCCAUGGUGAUGUUGCCACAGUGCUAAGCCUGAGUAGCUGACAGCCAAGCCACUGGCAGCUGAGGUGAAGGGGGUUCAUACUUGGACAGAUGAGCUGGGUGCCUGCACAGCCAUGCAGAGCUGGGCCCUUGUUAACUUGCCAGAUAUCCCUAAGAAUCCAGAGAAAGUAUACACAGAAGUGGAGUCAGCUUCUCUUUUUUUAAAAGAUGUUCACAGAUUGUCUGCUAUGAUACCCCUCUGUAGUCUUUCUAGGUUUUCAGGUAUUUUAGGCUGGUGACACGUCUGCUUACUUCAGUAUUUGCCUUUCUUUCCCACUUCUGUGACGUUCCUCGUCUCAGUCAUGUUGAGGGAAUGUCUUCAGCCACACAGCAGAAGCUGCUCCUCACAUGACUUGUCACAGGUUGCUUGUGCUCACCACAUUUAUGCCCACUGCAGGCUGCUCAGCCCAGAGGGAGUGCAGUUCCCUGUGCUCUGUGGCCCCAGUGUUGAGAGGCCUGGUAGGAAGCUGCAUCUUCUCUGGUGCUCAGAAGAGUGUGGGCUGCAGCACAGGAUUCCAGGAGGGACAUUGCCUGCCAGGUGAGCACCCUGGAUGGUAAAGUGGCCUCUAGGCAUAGGAAGCAGCACAUCAGAGGAUAGUUCUGGUUGGAAAACAAAGUCCAACCAUAACCUAACUCUACCAGCCAUUACCCUAACUCUUCCAAGUCCAGUGUUUAAACCAUCUAUACGUCUUUUAAACACCUGCAGGGAUGGUGAUUCAGCCACCUCCCUGGGCAGCCUGUUGUAGUGUUUAACUACCCUUUCAGUGAAUAAACUUCUUCUAAUAUCCAACCUAAACCUCCCCUGGUACAACUUGAGUCCAUUAAUGGAAGAGAAUGACAGCAACAGCUCACAGUCUCCUCUGCAGCCAGUUUGGAUCAGAGAAGAAGAAAACACUACAAGGAGCAGUAACAUGAAGUGCACCUCCACAUCUGUGUGCCCACACAGAGGCCUCGCAAGCCCUGGGACAGGGACGUGACUGCCAGAUCCAUUCAUCAGAUGCCAGUUGCCAGAGCGGCACACAAGUUAUGUGAGCUGUGCCUGGGUUAUCCCAGCCUGCAAAGGAAACAAAUCGAGGCGUUAAAGUAGCCCAGGUUCUGAGGAAAAGAACUCUUCAAGAGCGGGAGGGGUUGUGUGGUUUUGUACUUUUAGUCGAUGGGCAGACAGUACUCUGAGAAACCCAAACAGCUCUGUAUAAAUAUUUUUAAACUGUUUUUAGUUACAUGGUUUUGGAAUAAAACAAAUGAAA